UUCCCUCGUCUCCGAGCCUCUUCUAUCCUCUUGUCGCUCGUCUCGUCUCCGAGCGGCAAACACCCGGGCCGGCACCGGCAGCUCCCCUCGCGGUGUGCAAAUGGCGCCUCCCGCCUCCGCCUCAACCUCCGCGCCGGUCUCCCUCUCCCUCCCGCUCCACCCUUCCCCGUACCUCCGCCUCCCCGCGCCAUUCCCCCGCCUCCAUCCCCGCCGCCUCGCGCUCGCGCCCCCCCGCCCCGGUGCCGCUCUCCUCUCCGGCCCUAGCCACGCGCAGCAGCAGCAGGAGGAGGACGAGGACGAGGAAGAGGAGGAGGAUUAUGAGGAAGAGGAAGACUACGAGGAGGGGGAUGAGGAGCUUAUGGAUGAGGAGGAUAUGGUGGAGGUGGGAUACGUGAGCGGCGCCCACGGGGUGCGCGGCGACGUCCUCGUGUCGCCCCGCACCGACUUCCCCCAGCUCCGCUUCGCCACGCCGGGGAAGAGGUGGCUGCGGGCUCGUGCUGCCGGGAAGAUGCAGGUUAGGGAGUUCGACCUUGUUCGAGGAAAAGCCCACACGGGGAAGAAGGCUUGGAUCGUGCGCUUUGAUGGCGUCGAUUCCUUGGACGAGGCCAGGCAAAUAGUUGGUUCAGCGAUACUUGUGAAAUCUGAGGAUAGGCCAGAAAUGGAGGAGGACGAAAUAUAUUCGCGUGACCUCGUCGGCAUGAGUGUUAUUGUCAAGGACACGGGAAAGCUUGUUGGAACAGUUGCUCAGGUCUUCAACUUUGGAGGUGGCGAUCUUCUCCAGGUUAUGGUUGGCUCUGCUGAGAGUGCUGUUCAGCCAAAUUCAGAAAAUCAGGAUUCAACUCCAUCCCGUGAGCAUGUGUGGAUUCCAUUUGCUGAAGAUAUUGUUCCUGAUAUUGAUAUGGAGAGUAGAGAGAUGUGGAUUACACCACCAAAGGGGCUUCUUGAGAUCAACAGGCGUCCUGAAAGAUCAAAAAAAGAAAGGCGUACGAUGGAUUGGAAGGAAAAGAAGAAGCUACAGCGUCGCAUAACUGCAGCGAAGAAGAUACUGCAGGAAAUGGAACAGGGCCAUAUUCUGGAAGGUUUGCUAUCAGGAGACAAACUUGAAAAGGCUUCACUUGCAGAACAGAUUGGGUCCAUUGACUUUCAAUUGUUCAAGCAUGCAAUGCAUUGUGUCAGCAAGCAAAUUGACAGCACAUCAACAAACGUUCUUGUAAAUUCCUCUUCACCAAGAAAAAAUGUGAUGAGAAUACCUUACAAGACCCUCAUGAACCAUGGAGAAAAAGGGAAGCAGGUCUUCAGUAAUGAAUUUAACAUAGGCCGUGAGAUCCUUCGGAAGUCAAAAGCAGCAAUCAUACUUGUUACAAGUUGCUCUGACUCUGAUGUUCUGGAUGCUGAGUUUCGGAAAUUGCUUAGUUCUUUUAGUGAGUUAAUGAAGGUUGAUGAAAAUCAUCUGUCUCCCCCAUUCAUUAUUGUUUCUCCAGCCGAUCAUGUGGAUUCAGUUAGGAACUACUUGGUGGAGAAUGACUAUUUUGGUUUUGACACUCAGAAGGUAUGGGUCCUUGAAGAGAUGAAACUUCCAGUUGUCGGUCUAUCUUCUGAGCUAAAGAGUAAAAAAAUUCUGCUGAAAUCCCCGUGGGAGAUACUUCAAAGGCCAGCAGGAACUGGAGCGAUUUUCAGCUCGCUAUCAUCAAAUAAAAUUUUGGACGCACUGAAUACAAUGGGCAUAGAGUAUGUACAGAUAUGCAGCUUGUCUGGCGGACUAGUCCUCGGGCAUCCUUUGCUCUUCGGCACUGCAAGUUCUCGUGGCGUGGAUGUCGGCAUCAAGCUCCACAAGACCAGCAAUAAAACGGAUGAUCAUUUUGAUUUGUUUCUUUCCAUCGACCACUUGAACAAGAUGUGCAGAGAUGUUAGCAAGGUCAGGUUCUCUGCCCACCCUGAGAAGCAUGAACAUGUCGAGCAUGCUGACAGGCAGUGGGUCGCCGUCCAGCCAGAGAUGGUGAACUCUCACCGGCUGAUUACAGAUGUUUCAAGUGUUUUGGAUUCUUGCUCUCCUGAGAAGCUAUGCGUCAUAGAGAUUGUUGAGUAGUGGUUAGUGAACUCUGUGCCCUUUUUCUGAAAAAUGUACCGUAGGACUGUACAUAGGCACAACUAAUAUGAUAUAUAUAUAUCCAAUGAUUUUUAUGUACC